UGAGGCCCAAAGCUACGGCCCAUGGAACCCUGCCCAGCAGCGGCCCACCACUCGCUGUGGAGGAAACGAAUAAGUUCGGCCCAGCGACUGAACUCGUUCCAUCAACUCGUGAACCAUCCCUCGCGACUCGCGAGAAAGCCGUGACUCGUCAGUCGUCAUCAUCGAAGAAAGGUAGCUGCUCUCAGUUUGGAGCUCUGCCAUCGUAGAUUGUUUGUUUACCAGAGCUCCUGAUUCCUUCCCGUCGCUGAGAAUGAAGUUUCUAGAUUGGUAUGUGAAGAUUGCCGCCGGUUCUGCUUUGAUCGGAGCUUCCAUGGAGUUCUUCAUGAUCAAGACGGGCUUCUAUGAUAAGGUGACGGUUCUGGAGUCCGAGAAACGUGCUUGGGAGAAUUCGCCUGAAGCUCAGGCGAUGAGAGACGCUUUGAAUCCAUGGAGAAACCACGAGAAGCAGUCAGAAAAGAGUGCCUGAUGGUCUUCAAAUCGACCCGAGCCCAAAGUGGAGCAAAUCCAGCUGGACUACUUCAGUCUGCCUACUGACUACGGAGUAGUUCUCUCACCUGUUCUCUGCCUGUUGCUGCUGCUUACAGUGUUUGUCUUCUCCUUCCCCCUAAUUUUGGUGUUAUAGCUAUAUGGUACACUACACACAAUGAACAACCAAGUACUCAAUCCGAAUUCUGCAGACAUAUUUAGCUUCUCUUUUUUAGGUUGAACUUCAGUUAGUUCUCUAUUUAUGAUCCUUAGAGGGCACUAUGUGGUUCUAUUCUCUGCUUGAGAAUCCCACUGCUUAGUUGGAUCGUUCUUGAUGUUUCGGAUGUCGAAUGUCGGAUGAAGCCAUGAACAUUCAAUUGAUUCCUUGUAUAAGUCUUGAAAGAGAGUAACAUUUGAGUAUUUGCCAUUUCGAUGUGAUUGUUGAUGUAUGAAAAAACAUUCCCAGGGAAGCUAGGUAGCUUGACUUUUUGCCAUCUUUUCUGUUUUGUUUUGUUGCGUGAAGGAUCAGUUUGUGAAUGAUAUAGACAUGACGACAUUAAAAGAGGGGUUAGGAUUCAUGAACUUCUUGUUGGAGCUUCUGGUCAGUAGUGGAGGACAUUAAUUAGUGUUGAUCGCAAGUUGAUUAGAGCUCUAAUGACAUGAUUAUUUUUGUACCAAAUCUUAAGGGAUGAAGAUUGAAGAUUGUGAUGUUUGAGGGUGCGUCGGUAGAUCCAUCCUCAAGUGCCAUUUCAUCUCUGUUGGCAUAUGCUUUAUGUAAUUUUGUCUUCCUUUCUUCACAAUCGUGAUGGUACCAAUUUCCUUG